CCAAGAUUACCUACACGGAUAAUCCAACCACGGGUUGAUACCGCAUACGUGUCGGGGGACACGAUGGUCAAAGCCGCAUUGAAAGGGCAUCUGGUGAAGUAGUUAUACGCCGAGUACGGCGGCGAACCCAACCUGAAUUUGUUCGUAAGAGAUAUUGACAUGUCGCUCACAACUAGUACUGCGAUGGACGCAGCUGCGGUCGAUGGGCAUCUCGACAUUGUGAAGUACUUGCACGAGUUGCAGAUGUCAAUCGAAGCGGGCACCAAAAAGCGAAAAAGAGGCACUAAAACCAAGAAAUCUGGACCAUUGUGCACGACGAAGGCAAUGGACGGCGCGGCCAGCAAUGGCCAUCUUCACGUGGUCCAGUGGCUUCAUCACAAUCGUGAAGAAGGGUGCACAACAGAUGCGAUGGAUGUUGCCGCUGCUAAGGGGCACCUACAAGUGGCGCAGUGGCUUCACGAACACCGGUCGGAGAUGUACAGUGGCUGCUAUGGACCGCGCAGCACGCAACGGGCACCUUGACGUGGUAAAAUGGCUACAUUCCAAUACUCAUGUUAGCAGCUCCAAGGCUGCAAUGGAUGGUGCAGCGGGCAAU